CAUUCUUUCUGUCUUUUUGUUCCGCUUCUUCACUUCCACCAGUGCUUGCUCGCUCUCUCUUUUCCCAUCUCUAAAUCUCUAUGAGCUUAUCUCUCAAAUCUUUUCUCCCCCAUUUCAAAGGUUUUUGGGCCUUAAACCCUUCCGUGGAUCACUACGUUUCAUUAUACCCUCAUCUAUUAACCCCAAUAUUCUCGCUAUAAGAAAAAACCGAAUCUUACUGCUUACCCGGUAAUUCAGUUCUUCUUCUUCUUCUCUGAUCCUCAAUUCGAUUCCGAACCCAUUUACGGAGUCGAAUUGAAGCUGCUAUCUUUUUCUGGGUGACCCUUUUUCAGAUUUAGUCAAAAUGCAGACCAUUUCUGGAGGAGGACCGCCAUUAAAGCUCUGAAUCUUCUUCUUCACCUACCCAUUUACUAGUCGCCAGCGGAGAAUUGAAUGAUGGGAUUCUUGAACAGCGUUCGCUUCUCACGCGCUUUUUGGUGGUUGAUUGUGGGUCUCAAUUUGCAUUUCAUUGUGGGGUUUUGAAGGUGCAUGGUGUUCUUCCCCAAUUGCUUCUGCAUUGGAGCCCUCGAGUUUUGAACGCAGCCAAGAUCAGGAGGUGUGAUAAUCAAGCUGCUUAGUUUUUUUUUUUGACCGUUUGGAGAGGAAGGAGGAGUGUUCUGGGUUUGCUUUAAUUUCCUGAUUUGUGUUUGAUAUGUGGCUAUGGGUUUAUGAAGAAUCAUGGGUUUAAUUCCUUUUGAGCAAAGAAGAUUCGUGGUCCAAAGUUGUUUGAGGCUUUGAGAGAGCUUCUUUAACAAGGAAUUGAAAAAGGGAAAGCAUUCUGAAUAAGCCAAAGAGAUUUGGCAACGGUUGAAACCUUCAAAGCUGCUUUUUACACACAAACUCUACUAAGAGUCCGUUGGUUGGAUUAGUUGGAGAUUGACAAGUCUGAUACCAGAGGUUUUGCAGCUUAAUUUAUAGAAAUUUAUUGCACAUUUCAGUUACCUUUCUUUGGAUCCAAGGUGGUAUAAGUAUCUGGGUUCAUCUUGUCCUCUGGGAAUUGGGUUUUGCCUAGCUGGUUUGAGCAGCAUUGUGCUGGGCGUUUGGCAUUUCAAAGCAUCGAUGGGGCUUCUUUACCGAAGUCUCGCGAUGCUAGUGGUUUUGAUAUGGUUAUCACGGCUGGCUCAUCUCUCGGCACAGUCGUCCAGUGGCCAAGCACCUGCUCUUGAUGUGCUUCUUCAAGAUUAUGCCUACAGGGCCUUUGUACAUCCCAAGACUGGAGUUCCCUAUGAUGCUCAGGUUCCUUCGAAUUUGAGUGGAAUUCAGAUUGCAGCUUUGAGGCUCAGGAGUGGUAGCUUGUACAGGAGAGGUGUUGUGUACAAAGAGUUUGAGUUCCCAGUAGGAGUCAAUGAGAGUCCAUAUGCGGAGAGGCUUGUUCUGGUGUACCAGAACUUAGGCAAUUGGUCAUCGAAGUAUUAUCCAUUACCAGGUUAUUCAUACUUAGCUCCAGUGUUGGGUCUCCUUGCUUAUGAUGCUAUCGAUUUAUCAGCGAAAAAUUUACCAUACUUGGAUAUCACUGCAACUGUUGAUCCCAUAAAGAUCAAAUUUCAGAAUGUGAAACCGACCCCUGAUGGCACCGUGGCGAAGUGUGUUACUUUUGACUUAGAUGGUUCUGUCAAUUUCAGCAAUGUGGGAUCAGGCAAUGCAUGUUCAGCUUUCAAACAGGGGCACUUCGCUAUAGUGGUUGCGUCCAUUGCUCCUUCUCCAUCACCAGUCACCUCUGGAAGUCCCCCGACUCCUACUCCUGGUGGUCGAGGAAAGAAGAAGAGUAAUUCAAAAACGUGGAUAAUUGUUGGGUCUGUGCUCGGUGGAUUAGCAUUGUUGGCAUUGUUGGCAUUCCUGGUACUCUGGGGGCGUAAAUACAGGGAAAGGAAGCAUUUGGAAGAGAUGGAGAAAGCUGCAGAUGUAGGAGAAGCUUUGCAUAUGACAACAGUUGGAGAUACAAAAGCACCUUCAGCAAUGGUUACUCGAACACAACCGACAAUUGAGAGUGAAUAUGUGCCUUGACUUCCCACCAUCUGUACAAGUUACAAGUCCUUUCCAAACCAACAUUCAUAUUCAAGUUCAAUUCCUAUGGUCACACACCUUUUUCUCCUCCGCUUUGCUUUUUCAGCCUAGAUUCUUUGUUUCACUGUGAGUACAUUAGGAUUUUUGUGUAAAUCUGUUAUCACUCACCAAUAGUUUACUAUGAUUCAUUAUGGUGUGAAGUUUAGCACAAAUCGAUUCUAUAUUGUGAUAAAUUUAGUUGUUUCAUUGACAAGAAAUCAUAAGCUUCAUUUGGCAGCUCUUUUUCAUCGUCUUCCAUUUACUUUCAAUAAAAUGUACCUUUCAGA